AUGGAAACCGAAGAUCAUUUAAUAAAAUUAUUUCCACCAAAGUGGAGAGCGACUGUUGUUAUUACUGCAGGUGUAGUGCUACAAUUUACUUUGGGAUUGGUCUACACUUUUGGGAAUAUUUUGCCUUACUUAACUUCUUAUAUUAGAUGGAAAGUAAAUCCAGAACAAACUCAAGGAUCGUUAAUAUGGUUACAGAGUUUAAUGUGUAGGUUUUAAGUUGAAAAUUUUAAAAGGGCUGUAGUCGGAUCUGGAUUCUAAAUACAAUCAAAAUAACAUAUACCUCAGAUUUUAUUUCCCCAACCCCAAAAAUGUAUGUAAACUCUAAAUACGUAGUAUGGCAAAAUAUAAGAAUCUUAGGCGCGUUAA